GCAAUAAAGCAAUCUAAAAGAAGCCUUGAAAAUAAAACAAUAUAUCAGAGGCCAAUGGAAGAAGAUGGCGUUCUCCAUAAAGCAAACCCACUAACGUUUCCAUACCUUACCUCACCAUUGAACUUAACCCCUUCUUUCUCACUAAGUUUAGCAUCAUCCCCCCCUCCUUCGCCACCAAGAAAAACAUAUUACUUCCAUUUCCACCCCCUACAUAAUAGAAUGCACACAUCUCCAUUUUCCCAUUUGUAUUGGAAGACAAGUUCUCAAACAGCGAACUAGAGAAGGGAAAACAAGGGAAAACAGUAAAGAAAGUGAGGAAAAUGAGUGCAGAUUGGGGACCGGUGAUUGUUUCGGUAGUUUUAUUCAUACUAUUGUCACCAGGGUUGCUGUUUCAGCUGCCAUCGAGGACAAGGGUGAUAGAGUUUGGUAAUAUGUGCACGAGUGGGAUAGCUAUCCUGGUUCAUGCAGUCAUAUACUUCUGCAUAAUCACUAUCUUGAUCGUUGCUAUCGGUAUUCACAUACACAUUAACUGAUCCAAACUCUCAAGAAAAAA